UCUCCUCUCUCCUCUGCCCCUCUCUGGCAGGCCUCUGGGUCUCUGGCUGUGGGGUGUCCCUGCUCAGCACAGAGCAGAUGGACUGCAGUGGUGAGCGGGUCUGAGGUUCCUCUUCUGAGAACCGCCCAGGCUCGGCCCCUCCCCAGCUUCCGUGGGUCCUGCAGCUUCCCCUCCGCAGGCUCUCUCUGCUCUGCUCAGUCCCAGGAGCCCAGGACCCUCUGCCUCCUGAUGCUGCGGCUGCUGCUGCUGCUGUCCCUGCUGUGGGCAGUGGAGGGGGCCUGUACAGUGGGGCUGAGGAGCUUGAACUGUGAUGACCCUCGGCUUCCCCAGGGGCCCUCCCCUCAGGAUCCAGAACACAGCGUGGAUGUGCCCGAGUCCGUGACGGUGCAGGAGGGUCUGUGUGUCCUGGUGCCCUGCAACUUCUCCUACCGCGGCUCAGAGACUGGCAAUGUGUCUGUCUACUGGUUCCAUGCAGGGGACAAUGCACACCACGGCUGUCCUGUGGCCACAAACAACUCUACUCAGACAGUGCAGGAGGAUACCCAGGGCAGGUUCCACAUCCUCGGGGACCCAGGAACCAACAACUGCUCCCUGAGCAUCAGAGACGCCAAGCACAGUGACAGUGGCUGCUACUUAUUUCGGGUUGAGAAAGGAAGGUUUAAGUGGAAUUAUUAUAAAAAAAGGGUCUUUGUGCAUGUGACAGCCCUGACCCACACCCAUGACGUCCUCGUCCCUGGGACCCUGGAGUCUGGCCGUCCCAGCAACCUGACCUGCUCUGUGCCCUGGGCCUGUGAUCAGGGGACGCCCCCCACCUUCUCCUGGGAAGGGCCCUCUGUGUCCUCCCUGGGCCCCAACAUCACCCACUCCUCGGUGCUCACCCUCACCCCGCGGCCCCAGGACCAUGGCACCAACCUCACCUGCCAGGUGACCCUGCCUGAGGCCCGUGUGACCAGUACAAGGACCGUCCACCUGAACGUCUCAUGUGAGAGCUGGCCUGGGACACCUGGGGCUCUGAUGGGGCUGGUCCCUGAGGGAGAGGGAGAGGGGUCAGACCCUGGACACUGGGUGUUUUGUUCCAGUAACAGAAGGCUGACAGUCACCAUUGUCAGCAUUGUUACCACUGGCACCGAGAACGUCUUACUAUUACACCACAACAUCACCAUGGUCGGCAGAGACACCAUCAUCAGCACCAUGUAA